UUGUGGGAGGCAACCCGUAUAUCUGGACUAGAGAGACGAAUGUGAACCCAUCGUCGGCGGGUUCUUGAGGAACGCAAAUUACAUAUAACACUGGCUAAUACAGUACCAGUUUCUCCGAUGUAAAAUAAGAGGAGCCGUUGUCAAUCCCAAGGUUGUUCGUGCGCCCAUUUGCUCUUCAAGUUAGUUAUUUAUAACGGUAGGAGAAUGAAGCGUAUAAAUGCCAGAGGGAAAGAGGAGACCUAUUUUUGGGGAACACAAAAGACUCUAAACACACUGAGAGACAUGGAAGGCCUCUCUUGUUACAAGAAUGUUCAGAAAGACAUCCCACAGCUCACUGAUAUUGAGUUUCACAUAUCCAGUGUGACCCAUGUCACCACAAAGUCUGGUCUUGAUGGAAUCUUGGAUUCAGGUGGAUUUAAGGGUGGGGAGAAGAGUCUCCUGUGGUGGGGUCUAGCGAUAGACCAUGAUGAUAUCAGAGCAGCAGAAGACCGUUACCUGGAGAAGAUCUUCCCAGACAGAACACCUGAACAAAGACAGAUGCAGCAACCCAUCCUCCGCAAGUUCACCACCUCACCUGCCUUCAGGAAGGCAUCACGUUAUGGGAACUUCAGGUUCACUUUCAGUCUGUCUGAUCUCCUGAUGAUGUACAGUCAGCAGAUCUGUGGUGGAGAAGAGCCUGUCCUGAGAGUGUAUGGAACUACUGUCUACAAACAAGAGAUUAUGUACACAAUGCUUGUUCACAGUCCAGGUGUACAGGAAUUGGAGAAGUACCCAGCUCUUAAUAAUGGUGGAGAAGAAGUUUUUACAUACCAAGAGGGGACCAUGGUCUGGCAUGCACAAGCAGUGUCUGAAACCCAUGAGUUUCAGCCGGUAAUUCAUAGGCCACAGGUGGUUGAAGUGGAACCUUUUGAUUGUUUGUAUGAAUAUGACAAGUGGUAUGUUUGGGACCAUGUGACCCUGGCGUUCCACCUGCCAGAAGGCCAGACCCUACAAGUUGAUAGAGAAGAACUGAUCGAAAACCUCACUGCUUGUGAGGCUGUUGAUCCAUUUCUUGGGGUAAGGUGUGUCUCCAACAGCUACAACUGUGCAUGUAAUUGUUGUCGUCUAAACCGCUCUGAAGCUGAAUACAUUGUGAAGCAGAAAAGAAGAGACAAGCAAUCAGACAGCACCAACAGUAACUCAUAGCUUUUGGAAGCUACAGGAAAUAUUGAUGCAUAUUUAUAACUCAAUUAUGAAACCAGAAUAACCAAACCAACUAUAACACAUUCUUGUGUGGUUUCCUUUCUCAUUUCGUGACAGAGAGCUGAAUUCAUUCAGAACAUCAUCAUAUGAUGAGGAUUAAAUCAUGUCACGUGAGGUGUUUAUAAUUGAUGCUAUUAAGUAUGUAUUACCACUAGACUGUGUUUUUCAAUGAUAUUUUGUAUUUUUUCAUAUUUGAUGUAGUUAUAUAUAGACAUGAGGUUAGAGCCCAUUUAAUAUAUUAUAUUUUUCAAUUAAAUUUAAAUAUUUAUGCCUAUAUGUCAAAGUAAAUAAUGACUGUCAAUUGGGUGGAGCUCUUUUUCCCCACUCUCAUUAUUUAUACCCCACAUAAAUGUUUAUUGGUUAACACAUACAGUAUUUUGUAUUCUUGCUUUUACUAAGAUAAGAUUUUACAUUUGAUAAGGAGUCAUUGAAAUCAGCUAGAAGAGUGCCCCUCUGUUAUUGAUCCAUUGCCAGGGAGCAUCUUAUUACAUCCACAUUAUCUGGUUUCACUGAACUUCUUGUGCAGGUCCACAUGAGCAUCUUUCCACCUUAAUAAAAACAUAAAUGUAGCACCUUAUUUUACAGUACUGUUUCCACUGUUUUUAUCUGGGGAUACUUUCUGGUACUUAUUUCAAAGAAUUCAUACCCAAUUUGUAAACAUCUGCUACUUAUUUCAAUAGAUCCAAUGGCCAGCAGCAUACCACCCUGCGUACCACUGCUGGCUUGCUUCUGAAGCUAAGCAGGGUUGGUCCUGGUCAGUCCCUGGAUGGGAGACCAGAUGCUGCUGGAAGUGGUGUUUGAGGGCUAGUAGGAGGCACUCUUUCCUCUGGUCUAAAAAAUAAUAUAUAUAUAUAUCCCAAUGCCACAGGGCAGUGAUUGGGGACACUGCCCUGUGUAGGGUGCUGUCUUUUGGAUGGGACGUUAAAUGGGUGUCCUGACUUUCUGAGGUCAUUAAUUAAAGAUCCCAUGGCACUUAUCGUAAGAGUAGGGGUGUUAAUCCUGGUGUCCUGUCUAAAUUCCCAAUCUGGCCCUCAAACCAUCAUGAUCACCUAAUAAUCCCCAGUUUACAAUUGGCUCAUUCAUCCCCCUCUACUCCCCUAUAACUAUUCCCCAGGUUGUUGCUGUAAAUGUGAAUGUGUUCUCAGUCAACUUACCUGGAUAAAAUGGAAACAAGGUCCAUUUACCAUUUUACUAUGAAAUGUCUCAGUAAGAACCUGAUAAUUACAUAUUGUAAAGUGCUAUCUACAAAGAGACAACUCACCAUGACAAACCAGUUAGGACCUUCAAAACACAGGCAAACAGCAACCACUAGCAGCUGUUCAGGCUACAUAUUAACCUGAUAGUCAUUCAGUUCUCAAGAAAUGAAACUAGAUUUCCUACGUAGGGUGUGGCUAAAGACUUCCGUUACAAAAAGGUUUUGUUUACACAGACAGCCUAAUUCUGAUAUUUUUCACUUAUUGGUCUUUUGACCAAUCAGAUCAGCUCUGAAAAAGAUCUGAUGUGAAAAGGUCCGACGUUAUUGGUCAGAAGACCAAAUAGUGGAAAAAAGAUCAGAAACGGGCUGCCAGUCUAAACACAGCCUUAAGGAUCAGAGUCAGUAUGUAUAGAUACAAACAUACGAUUGGGACAUUUCAGCUGCCAUACAGUGGGGAGACAUCAACUGAAGGCCGCCAAUCUGAAACUCUACAAUCAAGUAGCAAGUCUCCAAACAAAGUAAGUUAUUGUAGGUUAUGUUAAAGAAACAAUGCAUUUCAUGAGACAACAAUUUGAAUUAAUUACACAUACUUACAGUACAUCAUUUCAUGAAAUAACCACAUAUAAAACACAGUGCUAAACACUGCUAGAAUCUUGACUAGAACCAAAAAAAGGUAUCAUAUUACUCCAGUGCUAGCCUCUACACUGGCUUCCUGUUAAGGCAAGGUUUGAUUUCAAGGUUUUACUGCUAACCUACAAAGCAUUAAAUGGGCUUGCUCCUACCUAUCUUUCUGAUUUGGUCCUGCCGUACAUACAUUUACAUUUAGACGCAGGCCUCCUAACUGUCCCUAGAAUUUCUAAGCAAACAGCUGGAGGCAGGGAUUUCACCUAUAUAGCUCCAUUUUUAUUGAAUGGUCUGCCUACCUAUGUGAGAGAUGCAGACUCGGUCUUGACCUUUAAGUCUUUAUUGAAGACUCAUCUCUUCAGUAGAUCCUAUGAUUGAGUGUAGUCUGGCCCAGGAGUGUGAAGGUGAACGGAAAGGUACUGGAGCAACGAACCCGCCCUUGCUGUCUUUGCCUGUCCGAUUCCCCUCUUUCCACUGGGAUUCUCUGCCUCUAACCCUAUUACAGGGGCUGAGUCACUGGCUUACUUAAGCUCUUCCAUGCCGUCCCUAGGAGCGGUGCAUCACUUGAGUGGGUUGAGUCACUGAUGUGGUCUUCCUGUCCGGGUUGGCGCCCCUCCUUGGGUUGUGCCGUGGGGGAGAUCUUUGUGGGCUAUACUCAGCCUUGUCUCAGGAUGGUAAGUUGGUGGUUGAAGAUAUCCCUCUAGUGGUUUGGGGGCUGUGCUUUGGCAAAGUGGGUGGGGUUAUAUCCUGCCUGUUUGGCCCUGUCCGGGGGUAUCGUCGGACCUGGCCACAGUGUCUCCCAACCCCUCUUGUCUCAGCCUCCAGUAUUUAUGCGGCAGUAGUUUAUGUGUUGGGGGGCUAGGGUCAGUCUGUUAUAUCUGGAGUAUUUAUCUUGUCUUAUCCGGUGUCCUGUGUGAAUUUAAGUAUGCUCUCUCUAAUUCUCUCUUUCUUUCUCUCGGAGGACCUGAGCCCUAGGACCAUGCCUCGGGACUACCUAGUCUGAUGACCCCUUUCUGUCCCCAGUCCACCUGGUCGUGCUGCUGCUCCAGUUUCAGCUGUUCUCCUUGCGGCUAUGGAACAUUGACCUGUUCACCGAAUGUGCUACCUGUCCCAGACCUGCUGUUUUGGACACUCUCUCUACCGCACCUGCUGUCUCUAACUCUGAAUGAUCGGCUAUGAAAAGCCAACUGACAUUUACUCCUGAGGUGCUGACCUCGAUCCAACUCAAGAGACAUGGAUUGUGUAUGUGUGCCAUUCAGAGAGUGAAUGGGCAAGGCAAAAAAUGGGCAAGUUCCUUCAAACGGGGUAUGGUAUUAGGUGCCAUGGGCACCGGUUUGUGUCAAGAACUGCAACGCUGCUGUUUUUUUCACUCAACAGUUUCACGUGUAUCAAGAAUGGUCCACCACCCGAACAAAGGGCAUCCAGCCAACUUGACACAACUGUGGGAAGCAUUGGAGUGAACAUGGACCAGCAUCCCUGUGAAAUGCUUGACACCUUGUGGAGUCCAUGCUCCAAUGAAUUGAGACUGUUCUGAGGGCAAAAGGGGGCACAACUCAAUAUUAGGAAGGUGUUCUUAAUGUUUUGUACACUCAGUAUCCAUUGUUUCCAUGAACAGCUAUUUCUACAUUGAAUUUUUUUUUUUUUUUACAUAUGACAUAUAUUUUCUCAUAUUUAGGUACAGCAUUUUUCAUACAAAGAAGCACAUUACUUCUCAUAUUCUCAUAGUGCUUAGUGCUCACAAGGGCUUUAUUGUAAUACCCACUAGAGGGCAGCACAGACUCACAAAUCCAUUUGAUACAUGAAAAAUAUUACCAAAAUGAGCUGCACUGGACUUUCUCAUUUCAAUUUUUACAGCUCAGUAUUUACUAUUAUUCUCACACAGUAAAGUCAUAACCUCUUGGUUAACACAGUCCCCUAAUCUACUGCGUUUAUGCAGUUCACAGAGCAAUAAGACACCUUUCUAAACAGACAGAAGGGAUUGAUGGCACUCCGCUAAUGCUUCAGACAUGCACUCAGCAGCAACCCACCACAUCCACAACCUCCUACUACCCUCCAUCUGGUCAUAUCCAUCUUCAGACCCCUCACCCCCUCUCCCCAGGUACAUUACUAUUCUCUCAGAGAUCCUCUGCACCGCUCUCCCCUGGCAGAUUCAUAGCACUUUCUCUCAGCAUGUUUGUAAUGUGAUCGUUGUGAGAGGAAUGAUUUGGUCGGAUCAGGAGGGAACAGUAUAUACACCAUCUAUUGUCUCAUGUUAACCAUAUUUCCCUGUGUCAUGUGGCGUGAAGGUGGCAUGUUGUACGAUAUUACCCCAGUUCCUUCACUGAUUCCUGAAGCACUGAUUGAUGAGCUGGUAAUAUGGUGGAAUAAAGUUAUUAUUCUCUCCCA